GGAGAAGAAGGAGAAGAAGAAGAAGAAGAAGAGGAACGGGCUCUCGGGCUGUGUGUGGGGGGGUGACGGACGGACGGACGGGGCGAGCGUUUUUGUUCCGCUGGUGGAUCCAGCUUGAACGGUGAACAGGAGGAACAACACCCCGAAGCAGAGCAGCCCGACCCGCACCAGCACCAGCCAGCCACGGACGGACAGAGCCCGGAGGAGGAGAGGCUCAUUCUGGAUCCGAACUAAGGAGCUUUUGUUUCUCUCUCAACUCCUGCGGGUUUGGGGCUCCAGCAGCAGCGGCGGAGGAGACGAUCCCUCUCGCCCAGGGAAGAGGCUGGAAGUCGGGGACGCUUCCAGCCUGAAGGGCCGGGCGCCGUGGAGAUUGGGCAUCGGGACUUUGGUGAACCCUUUGUGGCUCAGUGGAUGGGAUGGAGCCGGGACCAUCUGGCGCUGUGCCCGUCGGGCCGUACCCCCCGCCCCUGCAGCAGGUGUUCCAGGCGCCCCGCAGGCCGGGCAUGGGCACCGUCGGCAAACCCAUCAAGCUGCUUGCCAACUACUUCGAGGUGGAGAUCCCAAAAAUGGAUGUGUUCCACUAUGAAGUGGACAUCAAACCUGAUAAGUGUCCUCGGCGGGUCAACAGGGAGGUUGUGGAAUACAUGGUCCAACAUUUCAAGCCGCAGCUCUUUGGUGACCGAAAGCCAGUGUACGAUGGGAAGAAGAAUAUCUACACUGUUUUAGCAUUACCUAUAGGCAGCGAAAAGGUUGACUUCGAGGUGACCAUCCCUGGAGAGGGGAAAGAUCGCAUCUUUAAAGUGUCCAUUCGUUGGCUGGCGAAGGUGUCGUGGAGGCUGUUGCAGGAGACGCUGGUCAGUGGACGUCUGCAGGUCCCGCUGGAAUCUGUCCAAGCCCUCGACGUGGCCAUGAGACACCUGGCCUCCAUGAGGUACACUCCAGUGGGACGCUCCUUCUUUUCCCCUCCUGAAGGAUAUUAUCAUCCUCUGGGUGGAGGCAGGGAGGUGUGGUUCGGCUUCCAUCAGUCGGUCCGGCCAGCCAUGUGGAAGAUGAUGCUCAACAUCGACGUAUCUGCGACGGCCUUUUAUAAAGCUCAGCCUGUCAUUGAGUUCAUGUGUGAAGUUCUGGAUAUCCGCAACAUUGAUGAGCAGCCCAAGACACUUACGGACUCGCAAAGGGUCCGUUUCACCAAGGAGAUCAAAGGUCUGAAGGUGGAGGUCACGCACUGUGGUCAGAUGAAAAGGAAGUACCGCGUCUGUAACGUCACGCGUCGGCCUGCUAGUCACCAAACGUUCCCCCUGCAGCUUGAAAGCGGACAGACGGUAGAAUGUACCGUGGCUCAAUACUUCAAGCAGAAGUACAACCUGCAGCUGAAAUACCCGCACCUGCCCUGUCUACAGGUGGGCCAGGAGCAGAAACACACCUACCUGCCCCUGGAGGUGUGCAACAUUGUAGCAGGGCAGCGGUGCAUCAAGAAACUGACAGAUAACCAAACCUCCACCAUGAUCAAAGCCACAGCGAGAUCAGCACCAGACCGACAGGAGGAGAUCAGCAGACUGAUGAAGAACGCUAACUUUAAUCUGGAUCCCUACAUUCAAGAGUUUGGGAUCAAAGUGAAGGACGACAUGGCCGAGGUGACCGGCAGAGUCCUCCCCGCUCCAAUCCUGCAGUACGGUGGGCGGAACCGUGCCAUCGCGACUCCCAACCAGGGUGUGUGGGAUAUGAGGGGAAAGCAGUUCUACAACGGCAUUGAGAUCAAGGUUUGGGCCAUCGCUUGCUUCGCCCCACAGAAACAGUGUCGGGAAGAGGUGCUCAAGAACUUCACCGACCAGCUGCGUAAGAUCUCAAAGGAUGCUGGGAUGCCCAUCCAGGGUCAGCCGUGUUUCUGUAAGUACGCACAGGGAGCCGACAGCGUGGAGCCCAUGUUCAGGCACCUGAAGAACACCUACUCUGGACUGCAGCUCAUCAUCGUCAUCCUGCCGGGAAAAACACCCGUCUACGCGGAAGUGAAGCGUGUCGGAGACACUCUUCUAGGAAUGGCCACUCAGUGUGUGCAGGUGAAGAACGUGGUGAAAACCUCCCCUCAGACGCUCUCCAACCUCUGCCUCAAAAUCAACGUCAAACUCGGCGGCAUCAACAACAUCCUGGUCCCGCAUCAACGGUCUGCAGUGUUCCAGCAGCCAGUGAUCUUCCUCGGAGCAGAUGUUACACACCCGCCGGCUGGUGAUGGGAAGAAGCCGUCUAUUACUGCUGUUGUGGGCAGUAUGGACGCUCACCCCAGCAGAUACUGCGCUACAGUGCGAGUCCAGCGACCCAGACAGGAGAUUAUUGAAGAUCUCUCAUACAUGGUGCGAGAGCUCCUCAUCCAGUUCUACAAGUCCACCCGCUUCAAACCCACCAGAAUCAUCUUCUACCGGGACGGCGUUCCAGAGGGACAGUUACCGCAAAUCCUGCACUACGAGCUGUUGGCCAUCAGAGACGCCUGCAUCAAGCUGGAGAAAGACUACCAGCCGGGAAUCACGUACAUAGUGGUGCAGAAACGCCACCACACACGCCUCUUCUGCGCCGAUAAAUCUGAACGAAUCGGGAAGAGUGGGAACAUCCCAGCAGGAACCACGGUUGACACCAGCAUCACGCAUCCGUUCGAGUUUGAUUUCUACCUGUGCAGUCAUGCAGGGAUUCAGGGCACCAGCCGGCCGUCACACUACUACGUCCUGUGGGACGACAACCGCUUCACGGCUGACGAGCUGCAGAUCCUCACGUACCAGCUGUGCCACACGUAUGUGCGCUGUACCCGCUCCGUGUCCAUCCCGGCGCCUGCGUACUACGCCCGGCUCGUGGCUUUCCGAGCACGCUACCAUCUGGUGGAUAAGGAGCAUGACAGCGGGGAGGGCAGCCACGUCUCCGGGCAGAGCAACGGUCGUGACCCCCAGGCGCUGGCCAAAGCUGUGCAGAUUCACCACGACACCCUGAGGACCAUGUACUUUGCCUAAGCCAAGCCUCACCUCAUCAGGGGCUUCGGACCGACACACACUCCCUCGAGCCAGUUCACCUGGUGCUACCAGUGCGCACAGAACAUGAAGUCUCACUCGUCGCGUUUUGUUGAGUCUGGCUGAACUAUGCUCUUUUUUUUUUAUUUAAUUGUGUAUUGUUAUAUACUACCUUCGCACUCCCACAUGUACGUAUGUAUGCAAUACGGAGGGAAGGAACGCAGACGAACCUGUCGUUUUGUACGUCACCACGAAGCUGCCUCUAAACCCGUCCGUCUGGGCUUCAAACGCCCGAAGUGGAGGAAUUGUUGUCACUUCCAUUGGCAUUAUUUUUAUUGUUGUGAGAUUUUCUUUUAAAAUGUUUAUUUUUGUGAAAGACAUGGUACAUUAGCACUUAGUUUUAGUCGUAAAGCACCGCGAGCCCAGCGUUUACGUGUUGUCUGUGAAGCAGCGCAGGCAGUGAUCAACUGUGUCUCUCCAGCGGUCGCAGCGGUGUCCGCUUAUCGGAUUUAGACUCGCCUCGGUAGUUUAAGAGUGGCCGAAUUAGCGUAACGAUAGAUGGACCACAGCACAUGCACUCUCACAUCAGCAUAACACCCAAACCAGCAUUAUGCACCAGCCAAACAUGAUGCCAACCGUUCAAAAGAGCCCUCGUCUGUACCAUUUACUUGAUGCUCUUUUGGAAGGGUUUGAUUUUUACCAUUUUACUUUUCCAGUGCACAUACAUCUUCUUGAACUUACAGGAAUAGUUCACCCAACAAUGACGAUUUCUUUCAUACUCACCCUCAUGUCAUUGCAAACCCUGGUUAAUUUCCUUUCUUCCAUGAAACACAAUGUGCUCUGUUUAAUACAACACUAGUAGAGGGUGAUUUAUACUGUAAAGGAUAAAAAGCACCAUUCAAGUAUUAUAAAACUAGUCUGCGUGCUAUAGUCCAAGAAAAAAAAAAAAAGAACCCAGAU